AAAGAGAAGAAAAGAGUAGAGAAGAAAACAGAAGGGAAGAGAAAAGGAGAGGAGAGAGGAGUGGAGAAUAGAGGAGUAAACUGAGGAGGGGGGUUUGGCAGCUUCGGCCCAUCCAGCCAUCAAUCAGCCCCCCAUCGCAGUGGUCCUGCCCAGCCGAGAGAGGGAGGGGCGAGAGAGCACACAGGGACAGAGAGAGAGAGAGAGAGAUGAUGAUGGCGUCCGAGCGGCCUGCCCAUCCUCCCCCAGCCCUGGUGCCGCUGCUGGUCAGCGCCGGGGCGGUUCUGGUGUCUCAGUAUUUCUUCAACGCAGCGGCGCAGGUUCCUGACCCCGCGCUCCUUCCUACGGACCCCCCACCAAAGCCGGACCCCAUCACCUCUGAGACUGUGGUCUUCUGGGGUCUCCGGUUAUGGCAGGUCGUUGGAAUCUUCUCCAUGUUCAUCCUGGCGAUUAUCAUAACGCUCUGCUGCAUCUUUAAAUGCCGAAUUCCUCGGACGAAGAAGGAGAUCGAGGCCCGGCACAAUCAGAGACAGGCGGCUAAAACCUACGCUAACACGCUGGAGACGGUUCCUCCUCUCAACGAGCUCACGGAGGUCCCAGGAGCGGCGAAACCUGGCGAGAAGAAGGAGGAAGUGGCCACCGUCUCGGGGAAAGUGGACGGGGAGAAAGGAGAGAAGAAGAAAGACAAGGAAGGGAAAAAGGAGGGAAAAGGAGCGAAGGACGGUAAAGCGGAGGAGAAGGGUGAAGCAGAUCCUUCACACGUCCACAUUUAA